UGAGGUCGCUUCUUUUUUGAUUAAAUUUUUAGGGGUGUUAUUUUUUAAUAAAUUGUUACCGUAUUUCUUGUGUGUUGUUAUUAAAGAUUUUUAUAAAAAUGAAUUUAUUAAAGGUUUUGAAUUUUUUGUUUAUUUUCACAUUUUUGUAUUAAAUCGAUCUAUACCAUAUUUUACAAGUUACUUAUUUAAUUUUAUCACUAAAUCUCUAUACAAAUCUAAAUUAUAUUUUCUAUUGCAGACCUAAUUAUUGAGGGAAAUAUUAAAAUACCUACCUAAUUUAUUCUAAGGAAAAUUAAAUAAAAAAAUUUUUACAUUAUUAAACACUAAAAAACUAAAUAAUAAUUAAAUAGAAUAUAUUCUGAAAUUUUUAAUUUAAGAAUUUAUCUUGAUUGCUGAUGUACUGUAUUUACAUGAUUUUCCUGUUCCUUCUACUGUUGGAACAAAACUGGCUAAUGGAGAAAGUGUCGAGACUGAUUGAUUUGUUGCUGCAUAGUCCUUUAAUUUUUAAUUCAUUUUUAAUUCAUUCUAAAAUAAGCCCCCCGCGAGGUCGAUCGAAAAAAUAAGCCCCCUCUAAAAUAAGCCCCCUCCUAAAAUAAGCCCCCUCCUAAAAUAAGCCUCCUCCCCUAUAAAAUUUUUAAUUGUUGAUUAAUUGUUGUGUCCCCCUAGUUGAGUCUCCAUGGUGGGAUAUAGAAGGAUUAGAAGUGAUUAAGAGGGUAUUUGGAAGAUUAAUGAUAUAUAAAGGGAUCAAUGUACAUAGAUAUCGAGGGAUUUG